CACGUAAUGAGAUUCCUAGAGGUGGAGCUAAAGACAGGAAGUCUAUAGCAUAGCUGUUAUGGCAAGGACAGACCAGGGUAUGGUCAGGGGGUUGGCGGUUGUGCUGAGGAGCGCCGUGGCUGGGUUUGCCCUCGGAGUGACGGCCAGGGCUGCAGCUGAACCCGUUCUGCCCCAAAAUGGGACACUUAUGAUAACGGCAGUACGGGCGGCAGGACGGGUUGGCGUGGCUGGGGUGGCAGCUGUGGCCGCGUGCCUGGUGUUCACCACAGCGUUGGUGUCCUUGGGAGUCGGACUUCUUCUGGCCUCCAAUGCGAUGCAACUGAUGAGGAGGGAAGGUGAAGCAAGAGCAAGAUGGCCAGAGAUUGCCGUAGGGAUCACCAUGGCGGUAGGAGCCAUGGCAACUGGAACACUAGCAAGUGCCCUUCCUGUGCCAGCCCACUUCCUGGUCCAGUGUGUCAUGGUCCUGUUGGUGUACCCAUACACCCAUGUGAAUGAGAUGACGGCGGUUCUCUCUGUUAUCUUCUCGGCUCUUCACCUCAGUGUGGUGUUGGGCUGCAUGGGUGUCCUCACAGGACUGUUCACUAUGGGCAUUGCUGCCUCAUCUGCCUGCGCACUACUGAAGGCCCUAUCGGAGAGAACCCGCCGGAGAGACAACGGACACAGAAAAUGGUCCCAGCGGUUACUGCUGUACAUUGUUGUCGUGGCAAUAGUGGGGUUCCCUAUGGGAGUUGUUACAGGGAGGGCCAGCAGUUCGGGUUCAGAGGUUAUGGUUAUGCUGGAGUCAGUCCUAUGGGUUGGGACGCUGGCUGCAGGGCUGCUGGGAGCUGCCUUGGGAACAGUGGUGGUGGUGAGUUUGGGACCAGAGGGGGCAGCAAGGGUGUCUGUGGCAGCGGCAGUGACGUCAUCGGCCCUAAGACUCAGUGUCCCAGCAUGCUCUUUGCUGGGGUCGGAGGGCAGCAUUGGCGGGUUAUUAGGGGGGGCCACAGCUGCAGGAGUGUCACUGGGCGCAGCGAGUGUUGCUUCAGAGUUCAGAACCAUUAAGUCUACACUAGUAGUUCUAGGCUCUGUGGCAGUAGGUACCGUGCUGGGCUUGCAGGGUCUAGCACUGGUAAAUGACAUUCGAGGACCAGCUGAAGUAAUAACAGUGGCCCUUGUUGCAGUGGGGGCCUUCCUACUGGGUGCACCACGGAGUCCGUUCCACACGCACAUAAAGCUCAGGGGUGAGGUCCUCAUAGGGACCAGUCUGAUGAGAGGGAUUGGCAUGGAAACGGUAACCGCGGCAGCUGCCCCUCUCGGAGCGGGGGCCCUGGGAGCUGCAGCACUGGGGACAGCUGCCCUGGGGACACUGGGGACCGUGGGGGUACUGGGAGCUGCACUAGUGGUACUGGGAAAAACUACAUGUGGAUUAUGACACUAAGACAGUGAUUUACGGCACACACACACUGUGUGUGUGUGUGUGCGCGCGUGUGUGUGUGUGUGUGUGUGUGUGUGUGCGCGUAGAAGCUAGCCCUAUAGCUAUCUGUUUUCUCUCCAUUCCCCAGCUGCCUACCUGAACCUCCAUUCCUUCCUUAAGACACAAUAACAACCCAGUAUCUAAUUUGGUUUCAACUGUGUUAGCAACACUGAAUGAAGAAUUGUCUGUUGGGGAGAGAGGAAAGCGGGCAGAGAUUAGGAAGAACAAUGAACAUUUGUCUAUUUGAGCUUGAAAGAGUUCAAUUUAAAGGAUCAUUUUGACAUCAAGAGGAAGGAAAUGUAUGAUGCGUUUGAUAUUUUUUUGACAGUCUUGAUCUAAAGUUAAUUGUAAGUAUUUAUGGAAUAUGUUGGAUAUUUGACUUAAUCUUGAUCUGUUACAUUUUAGGAAAUUACAGUUCUUACAGCUAAAUAAAACUGUUUUAAAUUUUUACUUUGAUUUGCACUAAGAUUGAAAUGUUAAUAGGUACAUUGGUAAUAUUGCUUAUUUAAAAUGGAUUUGUGCUUUAUGAUCAUGUCAGUAUUUUAUGAUCAUGUGAAUUUUACAAAUCUUUACAAAGUUUUCGCCAAUUAGAACACGUUUUAGGUUUUCCAUCGAAGCCAAAGGGAUGAACAAAAUACGUAUGAUCUUUAUAAAAGUAAAACCGAGGAUUAUUGAAUUUUAUGACGCUCUACACUGUGAGAUUGUGAUGUUUCGCCAUGGCAACCGUGGAGGACCGUAGCGCACUGAUAAUGACUCUGUGGUCUGGUACCGGGAAAGAGACAUCGUGAAGUAUCACAUUAUCCUUUUACAGAGAUUACAUAACAAUGGACAUUUUUUCUUUAAGCGGGGCCGUGUCAAAUUUGAUGAAGCCCCUGAUAGACCUUUAAUCAUGCUUUACGAAAUACAAUCCAACAGAAUUAUGUUUAAUUCAAGUAAAACAUGUGCUUUUCAUUAUCUUGCGUUUUAUGAAUUGCGAUUGUCUGGUCUUUGAAUGACGAGGGACAGGGUGUGACGUGAUUGCGAAUCACGGAGACUUAUAGCCGACUGUGGGGAUGUCAUUAUUACAUUUAAUAACAGGCCUUGCCAAUAGUGACACCUCAAUGGAUCACUGAAACAAAAUAAUCCCUGCCUGCCAGUAAACUCCAGGAAGAUCAAGCGCCAAUUGGAGAAAAGGAUUACGGAUUCAUUUCACAGUGACAAACUCCGGAGCCAAUAUGUCUCAAAAUCGGGUUUGCACUAACACCACGUAUGUAGAAGAUCCUGGGGAAUGUUCGGCCGACAUCCCAUCGGAACAAGGCCACGGGGCAGGUCGUACGCACGAGGUGACCGUGCGCAACUCCGGCUGCUGUGUGUGCCUGCCGCGCGUCAUGCGUAUUACUUUUGCUCCAGAGUCCCUUGAGCGGCUCUACCAGGUAUACUUCCGACGGCAGCGACAGGAGACGCUUCGUGUGCUGGUGGCUUUUGCCGCGCUUUUUAACUGUUACGUUAUCAUCAUGUGUGCGGUGGUGUACACGACGGACAAACUUGCAAUGCUCGUGGUGGCUGGAGUUGGCCUAGCCGCGGACAUUGUACUCUACACACUGUGCUGGCUGCGCAAGCUCCCCGCUGCGCCUCUUGCGCUUAGUUCAGUACCAUACAUACUCUGGGUGAUGAUAGCCAUUCACGUGCUGUGCUAUCUGGGGCUGAACUACCAGCGUUUCCCUGAGGCUAGUGAUGCAACGGGAUGGCAGGUCUUUUUCAGCUUCUCUUGCUUCCUGACACUGCCAGUGACUCUGGUCCCUCUACUGCUACUCACAGCCCUGUCCUGUGGGAUGCAUACUCUGGUUCUUGGGGUCACCAUCGCACAGACCCAACAGGAAAGCCUGCAGGGAGGUUUACUCCUCAGACAGCUCCUGGCUAACUGGGUGCUGUACCUGUGUGCAGUGACCUUGGGCGUGAUGUCAUAUUACAUGGCCGACAGGAAGUACCGAACAGCGUUCCUGGAGGCCCGCCAAUCACUUGAAGUGAAACUGACCCUGGAGGAACAGAGUACCCAGCAGGAAGAGUUGUUGCUGUCCAUUCUGCCCAAACACAUAGCAGUAGAGAUGCUGGCGGGCCUGAAGAAACAAGCCAACCAGAACGGAGUACAGCAGCAGCAGCAGUUUAACACUAUGUACAUGUAUCGCCAUGAGAACGUGAGUAUCCUGUUUGCUGAUAUUGUGGGCUUUACCCAGCUCUCUUCAGCGUGUAGCGCGCAGGAGCUGGUCAAGCUUCUCAACGAACUGUUUGCCCGUUUCGACAAGUUAGCUGACAGACACCACCAGUUACGCAUCAAGAUCCUGGGAGACUGUUACUACUGCAUCUGCGGCUUGCCGGAUUACCGCGCGGACCACGCUGCCUGCUCCAUCAGGAUGGGCUUGGCCAUGGUGGACGCCAUCUCGUAUGUGCGGGAAAAGACCAAGACGGAGGUGGACAUGCGUGUGGGGGUUCACACGGGCACCGUGCUGGGAGGGGUUCUGGGGCAGAGGAGGUGGCAGUUUGAUGUCUGGUCCACUGAUGUCACCGUGGCCAACAAGAUGGAGUCAGGAGGGAUACCUGGCCGUGUCCACAUCUCCCAGAGCACCAAGGAGUGUCUGCACGGAGAGUUUGACCUGGAGCCUGGCAAUGGAGGGGAGAGGUGUGAGUACCUCCUGGAGAAAGGCAUUGACACCUAUCUGGUGCUGGUCAACAAGGAAACCACCCAGGUCAACGUCCUAAACGGGCUGAAGGGCGACUCUCCCCAGUUGAUUUACACCACAGAGACCAAUGGAAGUGUUGGCUCAGUCCGGGCCAAGCCUACAGAGUCCCGACAAGGUGUUAACACGCAGGUGACAAGCCCUCAGCAUCAUAUAGACGUGAAGGUGGACGCCAGAGAGAGUGAACAGGAGCUGAACAGACUGCUGCACUUGGAGUUGCUGGACAGAGAGAAUGAAGAGAUCGUGGAGGAGCGUCGCACCAACCCCCUGUCCCUGCAGUUUGUGGACAGUGAGUUGGAGGGCCGUUAUUCUGCCGAGAAGGAGAGGCAGAGUGGUGUAGCUUUCUGCUGUAGCUGCCUGGUCCUCGUUUUUACUGCAGUCAUGGAGAUUUUCAUAGACCCCAUGCUGGUGGUGAACUAUGUGACCCUGGCCAUUGGAGAGGUGCUGCUGCUCAUUCUCACUGUCUGCUCCAUGGCUGCCACCUUCCCUCUGGUGUUCUCUAAGAGGCUUGUAUCAUUCUCGAUGUGGAUCGAUCGAACCCGCUGGGCACGGAACACCUGGGCGAUGGCAGCCAUCUUUGUUUUAACCAUGGCCGAGAUUGCCGAUAUGCUGAGCUGUGUCCAGUCUCCGGUUCUGCUCCUCAACACCAGCAUGGGCCUCACCCUGCAGUCGCUAGGCGAUAGGGGCUGUGCCGACAACCCCAAACACUACAGCUACAUGGCGGUGCUGUCACUCGUGGCCACCGUCAUGCUAGUGCAGAUCAGCCACCUGGUCAAGCUGGGUCUCAUGCUGCUGGUGGUCGUGACAACGGGCAUCGUCAACAUCUACUGCUGGAGGGACAUCUACGACGUGUAUGACAUCAUACGAUUCACCAGCUACAGGAUUUCUAUUGUCCCGUCCAAGUACCUGAUGACCGUGAUGGUCAUUGUUAUGAUGUUAUGCUUCUACUACUUUGCCAGACAUGUGGAGAGGCAGUCACGGAAGCUCUUCCUGUGGAAGAUUGAGGUACAUGACCAGAAGGAGCGGGUGUUUGAGAUGAGGCGAUGGAAUGAAGCGCUGGUCACCAACAUGCUGCCCGAACACGUUGCCAAACACUUCCUGGGCACUAAGAAGAGAGACGAUGAGCUGUACAGCCAGUCGUAUGACGAGAUAGGAGUGAUGUUUGCCUCUAUCCCCAACUUCUCAGACUUCUACACUGAGGAGGGUAUCAACAAUGGAGGAAUUGAGUGUCUGAGGAUCCUCAAUGAGAUCAUCUCAGACUUCGACAGUUUGUUAGACAGGGAUGAGUUCCGCUCCAUCACUAAGAUCAAGACUAUAGGCAGUACCUACAUGGCUGCGUCCGGAGUCACGCCUGAGAGCAACACCAACGGAUACCGCAACCGCCCGAUAGAGGACCAGUCUUUGUUGGAGUGCUGGCAGCAUUUAGCCGACCUGGCAGACUUUGCCAUGGCCAUGAAGGUCACUCUCACCAAGCUCAACGACCAGUCCUUCAACAACUUCAUGCUACGAAUCGGCCUGAACAAGGGCUCGGUGUUGGCCGGAGUGAUCGGUGCCCGUAAACCUCACUAUGACAUCUGGGGCAACACAGUCAACGUAGCCAGCAGAAUGGAGUCGACGGGGGUGAUGGGCAACAUCCAGGGACAAUGGCAACAUUUAGUUUGGCAUAUACCAGCCCAACACAGCUCCAGCCACCAUCCAGUCAAACUCCUGCAAUGGAGGAGAUCAGGAUGACUUCAUGGACUGGACAGAGGACCCCCAGAAAGAUAAUAACAACAUUGGUCUAUGUCAGAAUAAAUACCCCUGUAAUCAAGAUGAUCAACCUAUGGAUAUUGAUGUUGUGGACAACAACCAAUCAACAUUAACUAGCAAGAACACAGUCCGGCCAAGCCAAUCAUCAGGUACGACCAAGACAACGGUCUGGCUCUUCCCAUCAAAACCUGCUACUUGAUGGUCAUUCUCCCAUCAGAACAAAGUGAAAUUUUGGCCAUCCAACCAGACAGCUGGUAUCCAGGCAACCACGAACCAGACACCAAUGUCCAACAGCCAAACAGCAACAUCCACUAACACAAGUGUUGGAAAAGAAGACUUCACCAGCCCUACAUCCCAAAGAGAAGGAGGAUGUAGAUUUCCUUCCUCUGAUACUGUCAAAAUACCUAGUUCAACAUGGACAUUGUUAUGUAGAUCAGAGCGAAAGAAGCUGUGCAAGUAAAUGUAUUACUUUUUCUAAAAAUUAAAUAAACAGUCAACAUUUUGGCAUGUAUCUUU